AUGUCGGGUUUGAUUCGGAAAUCGACAGGCGACCUGAAAGCCGCUGCUGGUCGAGAUCCGUCAAAACCCCGUCCUUCCUCCACUACUCCCGGCCCUCCAACCUCAUCGGCACCACCGCCGAGCUCUAUACCACGGCCUGCUCCUUUUAAUCGGCAAACCUCUACUCCUACGCACCCUACGUCGUAUCGCAACGAAGUCAAUACCAACGCCAACAACCAGAAUAACACUGAAACGACAGGUGUCGGACUCAGCGUUGGAUUAGGGCUGGGUGGAUUCUCAGGGGCGCCAAAACCGUCCCCACCAGGUCCCGCCAACGGCCGUGGUUCAGCUGCUUUACGUCGGAGUACAUCUGCGCAAUCAAAACUUUCUGGAAGACCUAAUUCGUCCGUCACUGCGACAGGAUCGCCUGCGAGAAUACCGGUCCUCUCCAAUCGGAACAGGAGGUUGAAAAAACGAGAAGGGUCCCAAGACGGUAUUUCGAACAGCUCGGCUUCAUCGUCUGAAAUGGAGUCAGAUACAUCAGCCGCGAAGGACUUCUUUGGUGGGAAUAAAGAAUCACAUCCUGUUCGCGCGAGAGAGCUGUAUGUGACUAUAUUCAAUAAAUAUGAUCCUGCUAAUACAGGCUCUGUAAGUUUUUUCUCUGCCCCAAAUUGUGCAACUCUAUGGCUUAGUAAACGAUACAUUUCACUCGCUUGUAGUCUUCCUACAUCCCCGCUGACCCCAAAAUAGGUCGCAGUGCGUGAUGUUGUUGCAAUUCUUCGUGAGCUUGAGCAAGCUUUCGGUGGUACCGAAUACUCGAUUCUUAGUGCAGAUGGCGAAUCGGCCGUUGGAGCUGCGGUGGAAAAGGACCCUACCUUUACCCUAACGCAAACUGAGUUUGAGGAUAUGAUUCUGAAGAUGCUGGGAUUUGGGCUUAUCGAUCGUUUGAUCGAACUCCAAAGCACAAGCACAAGUCAAGAGCCACCGGUCGACCGCCAGCAGUCUACGCCCGGUAUCGAUACAUCUGCGUCUGGAAAUUCUACAUUUGAGGGCCUCGGUGGGGGUCUUCUCAGAUCCCCAAGAUUCUCCCCAAGGAGGUCGCCAUCGAACCCCACCGGGCAAGAGGAUUCCCUUUUCAAUGCUUUGCACAGCUCACCCAGGCCGUAUGCUGAGGGUGAUGGUAGUGUCGGAGAUGAUUCAACGGGACUUAUUGGAGGUCCACCACUUGAUUCCAGCACUCCUAUUAGAGCUAGAAAGCCAGUCAACUUGUCAGGGUCAGAGCCGGCUCUGGGGGAGCCAAGUUUAAAACAGAGAGGGAGCGCGAAUACCGAGGAAGGAAUAGGGGAGGAUGGCAGACCUUUGGCUGUAAACCCAAUGUGGCUCGAGAUGUCCUUGGAGCCAGCCUCAUUAAGUGGUUUAACGGUUGAAAAUCUUAGGGACCUUCUUCAAGAGUUUCGUCAGUUUUGGGAGGAUUUUGAGACUCGCCGGAGACGGCUGGAGGAAGUUGAUAGAAAACUUAAUCGGGCUAACCAAAGAUACACCGAGCUUGUAGCUUAUUGGGAACAGAGGUACGACACCAUCGAGAACAAGAACCAGGCGUUGCAGAAGGAAAAGGAAAGGUUGGCCGAGGAGGCUAAGAAAUUCGAGUCGCAAUAUACGAAGGGUACUAUUAUGAUACGAACGAUGGAGGAUGAGAUUGCCAAAUCAGAGACCCGGAUCGAGGAACUUGAACACUCUCGAAAACAAGAGGUCAGGAGGAGAGAAGAAGUUCAAUUGCUAUUGCAGCGGGAAGUCAACGCCUCGAAUGCCGAUCGAGCCAGUCUCACUGACACAGAACGAAUGAACGAAAAGCUACUCAGCGAGGCUAAAAUUUAUAUCCGCGACGUGGAGGAACUGAAGACAGAGCUCAAGGCCAAAGAGGUAGAACUCAGUACUAAGGAAAGAGACAUUGCGGAUCGGGAUAUGAGGAUUGAGAACCUAGAAAAGGAGGUCAACAAAGUCACCAGGGACUGUAGGGCAUUGGAAUCGCAAAGUAGGGCCGCUGAUAGGGCACCGAAAGGGAGCAUCAGGGUUACAAGCAGACGCCUCGGCGACGAAAUUGGAAACUUUGAGCCCGAAGAGCCCCAGGGUCUUUACGAUUCUCUUGAAGAUGUCUUCAAGGAUUAUCCACAUUUCCGACCCACUAACCCACACCUCCCACAGUCUAUGGCAGACAAGGACACCGGUAUGAGCCCAGGCAGGGAGGUUUACCGAAGUAAUGCUGACAUGUUUGCGUUUUUAGACUUGCCAUCCCCUUCUGAUCUCGGCACAAAUGGUAUUGGAGAACAAGAUACUAGGGGAGUCUUGCCCCUAACACCCAGGCUCGACGUGCAUACUCACCACCUCACAACUAUCUUCCAGGAUGUUGUUCACGCAGCAAGCCAUCCGGUGGGUCAGGGUGUCAAAUCGCUUCUCCGCGACCGCGGUGCAGCACCUGAGAAAACUGAACCCCGCACGUAUGAUGCUAUCACUGGGCCGGUGGGUCAGAGGAAUAGUGAGGCAAGGGGUGGUCCGAGCGAUGAGACGGAAGGUCAAGGCAGCACUCGUUACAGUGAUGGCGCCAUCGGUGGUGCUGGUGGUAGUGACGAUCCAGACAGUCCUUCAGAUGGAGAUGAUGAUGGUGGUCGUGGUGGUCGUGGUGGUCGCGGCCAUCGUGGUGGUGGCCGUCGCGGGAGGAGGCCGCACGACCCUCGGGCAGAAGGGGGAAGAGGGGUCUGGGUAGGCCAAUUUCGCUUCACUGGCACAGAUGGCGAAUACGUCGAAUCUAUCCGUACCACGCUCGAAACCCGGGCCUAUCUUAAAGAUCUCGCGGACAAACCACGACUCACGCUUGCUGACGUAGAGUUCUUAACCAACUUCAUUAGUGAGCAAAGCUCACCUCCCGAUCAAGUAAUCCUUCAGGAAAUCUGGGGUCUCGCUUCAAAAGCGGAGCGUGCUGCGCGCCGAACCCUCCGUGAGGAAGCUUGGCCAGCACGGGGCGAGAAGGCGACUUUUGGGCUCGUUAGUGUCAACAACCCAUUCGGAAUUUUUGCUUGGCCCUGGAGGCAGCUUUGGGAUAUUGCUUUUAGUCUAGAUGACGCGGACUACCAACUUCCUGGAACAAAUGCUUAUCAGGACUAUAUCAACGAACAGCGGGCGCGGACGGCACGAGGGGGAAAUAACGAUGAUAACGUAGACCCACCUGCAACCGCUCAGCGCCAAUCAAGCAAUGACCCUGGGAUAAGUGCCAAGUUGGCCGCCCCAAUGCUGCCUCGCCGCCCGCACCAAACUCCAGUCGCUUCCAUUCUCCGCACAGGCCCCAAGCCAGGAGCUGCGUGGGGUAUACUCACCUUCCUCGGUCUGGGGCUUGUGCUCACCCUCGCUAUCUAUAAUUCGUUGAUCUUCUUGCGCAUGCGAAGUGAUCAACAGUCCUGGGAAUUUGCUAAUGGGUCCCGAUCCAGUGCGGGGCCCUUUUGGUCGGUCGAAAAUUCAUGUUGGUCAAAUUGUCUUAGCGGUGUCUGGAGUGGGCGGAGCCAGAGCUCCACUAGAUGGCAACAAUGGGAACGGCUCUGGACGCUACUGGAAGAUUGGCUGGCCACAAGCGAUGAGGGUCAGAUCCUUCCAUCCUAA